AUGGCAACAUUACCAAAAAGAAUUAUAAAGGAAACACAAAGACUUAUGACUGAACCUGCUCCAGGUAUUAGUGCAACACCAGCAACAGAUAAUUUUCGUUAUUUUAAAGUAGCAAUUUCAGGACCAUUAGAUUCACCAUUUGAAGGUGGUGUUUUUAAUUUAGAACUUUUCCUUACAGAUGACUAUCCAAUGUCUGCACCAAAAGUUCGUUUCCUUACUAAAAUCUAUCACCCAAAUAUUGAUAAGUUGGGUAGAAUUUGUUUAGAUAUUUUAAAAGAUAAAUGGAGUCCAGCUCUUCAAAUUAGAACUGUUCUCUUAUCAAUUCAAGCUUUAUUAUCAGCCCCAAAUCCAGAUGAUCCAUUAGCAAAUGAUGUAGCUGAACAUUGGAAAACCAACGAAAAAGAAGCAAUGGCAAGAGCUAGAGAAUGGACCAGAUUAUACGCUGAAGCACCAGUUGAAAAUUAA